AUGUCUUCGAACGACACAACAUCAUCAUCUGCAAUUAUCGAACUUAACCAAAUAUCUAUCUAUCUAUCCACUAUCCUAGGCUUUGUAAUCCUCUACGCGGGACUUUUUGGGAACUCAUUCAACAUUUUUCUCUUCUUCACUCUUGGAAACUACAAACGAAAUGCAUGUUCCUUCUACAUGCUGUCGAAAUCGUUCUUCGAUUUGGGCAUUCUAGCUUUCGGUCUAUGGACCGCGCUUCUUCGUCAAGGUUUUCAUCUUGAUUUUACAACUCAAAAUUCGAUUUGGUGUAAAAUAAGAUAUCCUUUGAUCGACCUCACCGGUUUUAGUUCACUUACUUGUCUCUGUCUGGAAUCACUCGAUGUUUUCCUCUCUUCAUCGAGAUCGGCAACGAUGCGGAUGAAAAGCAAUGUGAAAGUGGCAAGAGUUUUAGUUGGUGGAUUUUUCAUAGUUUGGAUUGGUCAUGGGAUUCCCUACAUGUUUAUUCAAGAUCUUGUACAGCGUGCUUGUGUAGGGACGAGUUCGAUUUACACACAAUACUAUCGAGGCUAUUUUGUUAAUCUUGGCCUUUAUGUAUUCAUUCCUGUCGUCUUCAUAUCUAUUUUUGGCUUUCUUACCUAUCGAAAUCUACGGAACAUCACAUCAAAUAGAAAUCCAGUCUGCGCACUUACUCGCCAAAUGAUUCACAUGACUCUUUCUCAAAUCGGGGCUGUUCUUCUAUUCAAUGGUCCUCUCGCUAUUUUUCUAGCGUAUUCUGUUGGUACGGCCAAUGUGAAACAGAAAAGUAUCUUCCGACAAGCUCGAGAACAGGUAGCACAGAGUUUUUUCGGUGUUUAUACGUAUGGAACUUAUUCUAGUUCUUUUUACUGUUACUAUGCAGCUUCGAAACGCUUUCGACAUGAAGUAUCAGAUUUCUUGAAGAUACGAAGGAGAAGAAGAACAAACCAGCUGAUGCCGAGAACAGAUUCAAUGAUGCUUCAACAACAGCAAACAAGUAGAGUUUGA